UAUAAAUCAAAUAGACACGAUAUUUUAUAAAUAUGAAGUUCUUAAACACCAUCCUGAAGGAGAUUCUUGUUUUUCUUGAAUUCAGAGAUAUUACAAGUUCUCAGCUAGCAUUUGUUAACAAGCAGUUUUAUGAAAAUAUAGUAGAGGAUCCUCAAGUCAUCAAGACACUCCUGACUCAGAAUUUCGGAAAUUUUAUCUACAUUGAAGACUUUGAGAAGGAAGAGGAAUAUCAGAGAGAAAUCUUACAGAAUAUUGCUAAGCUCAAAGGUGAAGAAGAAUCCAAAAUAGAAUUCGUGCCAUUUUAUGACUCUCCAGUGAAGGAAUUAGUCCCUCUUUUCAAACUUUUUGCCAGGAAGAAAGACAAAAAGCAGUUGGUUUGCACAUACAGGUCUACUGGUGGUUACGAGCAAGAGGCUACAGAGAUGAUUUCCAUCUUUAUGGAAGAUAGAUCAAUAUACUACUCUGGAAAACAAAAGAAUUUCCCUAAUGGCAUCUGCUGUAUAACAGGAAUUGCGUGUGAAGAGCAUACUGGAAAUUUCGUUUUUGCCAAGAAUAUCCUCCAAAGAGCUAUAGAUCUCGACAAAGUGUUCAAUUUCAAGGUUGAUAUUGAAGAUAUGAUGCCACUAGAGUUAGGAGAUUUUGAUCCAGACCAAAAGAAGUUUCCAAAACUUUAUCCAGAGAAUAUGAAAUCGAAGGAUCCAUCCUUGCUUAACUACUGGCUAAGAAAUAGGUUGGCCUUUUCCCCAUACAGGUCUGCAAAGAACGUUGACUUCAAAGGUAUUGGGGAUACUCCCGAUGUCCUAGCAGGAUCUAGUAGUAACACAAUUGUUGAGUUUGAUAUUGGAAUUCACCAAGCUUUGACCAGAGAAAAAUCCUUCGCAUGGAGAAAGUUCAAAAACAUGAGCACUGAGGAGAGUAGUUGUCCUAUAUACGCUUAUGCUGUUCUGACCCAUGAUUAUCCUAUCAAGACAGAGUAUCAUCCACUCUGUAUCCUUCUGAAGAAAUUUUAUGACCUCUAUGACAAGGCGGAGCAAGAUGAUGCAGAGGGAGAGGAAUCAGAUGAGUUUGCUGAUGUAGAAGGAGAGAUCGACACUGAAGAAACCAAAUCUAAUCCCAAAGUAGUCGAUACGUUUAAGAAAUUGAUUAAAUUGGGAUUGAUUCCAAAAAUUGUUAAGCAAAAUGCAAAUUUACUCGAAUUUGAUCAGAAGUAUUACCAGAAAGUUUUUAACUCUCAACAAAAUAAAGAUGAAGAGGGCAAAGUUACUCUAAAGGAUGCCUUUGAAACAUCUGAAGAAGCAAAAGACGCUAUUCCCUUCUACGAAAAUCUAGAAACAAGCUUGGACUAUUACAGACUGAGACUCUCAGCAAUAGCAUAUGACCUUGAUGACGUUAUUAGUGACUACAACUUCGUUCUGAAACAAUCAAUGUCUGGUAGAUACAUUUCGAUCCUAGCCUUGGACAUAAACAAUGUGGAAAGGGAUGAAGACCCAAACAUAGAUAUUGGAGGUAUCAUUUUCCCUGGCAAGAUCAUCCCAAGUAUUCUCAAGCUAAAUGAAGACAAUUAAGUGGCUAAAAUCAAUAACC